AUGGUGAACACUGCUAGGCUGCCAGUCCCUGAGUGGACGCCGGCGCAAAGAAUAAUACAAGAUUACGAGCCUUCCACGUCAGGCGCAAGCGCUUAUUCCAACGACACAGGCGCAGAAAUCGAAAAGGACUUCUCAGAACCCAUCCGGCCAGCAACCGCCAACCCAUUCCAACGCACACGCAGUCUCAGCUCGACUGUACAUUGGAGGAGGGGGCCUAAAUCACUUAUGUUGAACGCAGGGGAUCUUCCUGCCCAGAUGAAGGCACAUGACAACGCGAUCGAGGAGGAGCUUUCUCCGGGAGCGCAGAACGAGGGCUGUGGCAGUGGCGCCUCGCUCAAGGGCAGGUUUAGGCGUGCCUCCUUGAGUCUUAUGAAGGGCAUUGUGCGUCGAGACCGCCGAAGUUCCGAACCCGAGACUGUCCUCGAAGAUCAGCAGCAGCCGCAACAUCAUCAUCAUCAUCAUCAUCAGCAAAGGCCAUCUACAGCUCAUUCGGCAUGGCAUAAGUUACGACAAGCUACCAACUUUAGACAGUCGAGAUUGUACGGUGGGCGGAGCAAUGGCCUCGAUACCAUCUACUCGCCCCUUGAAUCGACAUUUUCCGAAGUACCACUCCCUGGCAACGGGCUCGAACCACCGUUCAUCCCUUCUCACACCGGUGCCGCUGCAAAAGCGUCCGCUGCAUAUCAAAAUGAAUAUCUGGCCAUGGUGCAAAGGGAAGAAUGGACAGUAGAGCACACGCACAAUGAUCGCGAAAGCGGAAUUGGCAUCUCCAUCAUGGAUGCUUCGGAAGUAGAGCUAGCACCGCGCAUGAACACGGUCGACUUUAUUUCUAGGUUGCCCUCGGAGCUUGCUGUCCAGGUUCUCUCGCACCUUGAUGCCACAUACCUAACUGCGGCCGCACGAGUCUCAAAACAGUGGUAUAGCCUCGUUCAAGAUCAACAGAUCUGGCGCCAGAGCUUCCUCAGAGAGAAGACCACCGGAUAUGCGAUCACGGAUUCAGUCCAACCUGGCACAGGUCAUGGCAUCCCUGCUCUUCGUUCUGGAAAUGAUUGGCAGAAGAUAUACAAGGCAAGACAACAGCUCGACCAACGUUGGAGGGAAGGCACAGCUGCACGGCCCGUCUAUUUGAAUGGCCACCUUGACAGUAUAUACUGUCUCCAGUUUGAUGAGUCCAAGAUCAUCACUGGAUCCAGAGACAAGACCAUUCGUAUCUGGGAUAUGCAUACCUUCCAGUGUCGACUCGUCAUCGGGCCGCCCGAUGUCGUCCACGAUACAUCGGUGCUGUUCGAUACCAAUGGUCGCCCUGUCCACUAUGCUUCGGUACCGGAGAAGGAACGCGACAACGAGUCAGUCCCUGCUACUGUUUCUUUCCCUACUCACCACAAGGCUUCUAUCCUGUGCCUCCAAUAUGACGAUGACAUCCUCGUGACCGGUUCCUCAGAUGGUACAUGUAUUGUGUACAACAUCAAGUCAGGAUAUCGCCCAGUCCGUCGCCUGGAACAUCACACUGCCGCCGUCCUGGAUUUGGCAUUUGACGACAAGCACAUCGUUACAUGCUCCAAGGACAUUAGCAUCUGUGUUUGGGAUAGGGCUACAGGCGCCCUGCUCAAGCAGCUCAAGGGCCACACGGGGCCUGUCAAUGCUGUCCAGCUGCGCGGCAACAGCAUCGUUUCUUGUUCCGGUGAUUUUAAGGUGAAGCUGUGGAACAUCGACAGUGGCAAGGUUGUUCGUGAGUUCGAGGGUCACACCAAGGGUCUUGCGUGCAGCCAGUUCUCCGACGACGGCCGGUACAUUGCAUCUGCUGGUAGUGACAAAGUGAUUCGUGUGUGGGACGCCAGAACUGGUGAAUGCAUCCGAGAGAUGCAGGCACACGAGAGCCUGGUUCGCAGCCUACACAUCGACAGCGUCAGUGGUCGCCUCAUCAGCGGCAGCUACGACACCGACAUCAAGGUUUUCGAUAUGGCAACAGGCGACCAGCUGCUCGACUUUCCCCGCUGGCAUGCCAGCUGGGUGCUCAGCGCGAAGAGCGAUUAUCGCCGCAUUGUCAGCACCGGACAAGAUCCCAAGAUCCUCAUCAUGGACUUUGGUGCCAAUGUCGACGACAUAGGUAUGCUCGAGAGCGCUCCUACAGCUGAUGUUGCUCGAGAUGCUGGUUUCAUCUAG